AUGGCACUGGGAUUGUGGUCAUUGCUUAAACUUUUCCUCCUAUGUAAGGUAGCAGACUCAGUCAACUUUUUCCAUCACCGUUAUGAUGAUCUGGUCCGGGCUCUGUAUAAUGUGCAAAACCAGUGUCCCGAUAUCACCAGAAUUUACAGCAUUGGAACAAGCGUGGAGGAAAGGCAACUCUAUGUGAUUCAAUUCAGUGGCAACCCCGAGAUCCAUGACCUUUUGGAACCAGAAUUCAAGUAUGUUGGGAAUAUCCAUGGUAAUGAGCUAUUGGGACGGGAACUCCUCAUCCAGCUUGCUGAGUUUCUUUGUGAAGAGUACCGGAACAACAACGAGCGCAUUACCAGACUCAUACAGACCACCAGGAUACACAUUCUACCUUCCAUGAACCCAGAUGGAUAUGAAAAUGCUGCAGAACAGGGGCCAGACAGAAAUGGAUACUUGCCCGGGAGAAGUAAUGGGCAUCAUGCGGAUCUAAACCGUAACUUCCCUGAUCUCAAUGCUGUCAUGUAUGAUAAUGAAAAAUAUGGAGGCCCAAAUCACCACCUUCCUCUUCCAGAUGACUGGAUGGCACUGAUUAAGCCUGAGACUCUGGCAAUAAUUAAGUGGUUGAAAAAUUACAAUUUUGUGCUUUCUGCAAAUCUACAUAGUGGAGCUGUCGUCGCAAAUUAUCCAUAUGAUAAAAUUAAGGGCGGCAGAUUCUUCCGUGCUUCCUAUACUUCAACACCAGAUGACGCUCUCUUUAAAGAGCUUGCUAAAACGUAUUCGUAUGCACAUGGCUGGAUGCAUACCGGGUAUAACUGUGAAGAUUUCUUUGAAGAAGGAAUCGCCAAUGGAGCGAUUUGGUUUUCAACCUACAAAGGCAUGCAAGACUUUAAUUACCUUUACACCAACUGCUUUGAAAUCACCUUGGAGAUAAGCUGUGAAAAGUUUCCACGAGAGGAAAAACUAGAACAAGAAUGGCAUGGAAACCGUGAAGCUCUAAUAACCUAUAUCGAAAAGGUUCACCAGGGAAUAAAAGGAAUGAUAACAGAUGAAAAUGGCAAUGGAAUAGCCAAUGCGGUGAUCUCAGUCAGUGGCAUUGCCCAUGAUGUUACUUCAGGUGAAGGUGGUGAUUAUUUUCGGCUAUUAUUACCUGGCACAUAUGAAGUUACUGCAUCAGCAGAGGGCUAUUAUUCCAAGACUUUGUCUGCAACUGUUGGCCCAGCUAAUGCCACAUUGGUUCAUUUCCAGCUAAAGCAGCAGAAAGCAACAAUAGAAUCAAGGAUCCUGAAUCGCAAUCACAAAAAAAAUCUGGAAGGUAUCAUGGCAGAUUUUACAUCUUGGAGAACACAUGAAAACCUAUGAAAGGAAGAGUGAAAAUGCCAGUAGCAUAAAAAAAAAAAGCAAACGAAAGAGAAAAUGAAAACUACAGAAUGUUAAUUAAAUCUUUUGUAGUGCUAUUUGAAGAAAUAUUAAAGAAUAGGGUUAUAGUG